AUGGUUACCAAAGAUUCUGCUCAUGGUUCUUCGUACAGCCAGGUUGCCUGCAUAGGCGCUGGUAUGUCUGCAACAGCCCUAGGAGUGACGCUGAAACGAUGGUAUCAAAUCGAUGAUAUCAGGUUCUUUGAACGGCGGCCAGCUGCUGGUGGAACUUGGGAGGCAAACACUUAUCCAGGAUGCGCCUGUGAUGUUCCUAGCGCUCUUUAUAGCUUUUCUUUCGCUCUCAGUCCGAACUGGACCGAGCUGAUGCCACGGUCAGAAGAGAUCAGAGAGUAUCAUGAAGGCGUCGCUGAUGCGUACAAUAUACGAGACCGCGUUUCUCUCUCUACUGAGGUGGUUAAAUCUGUCUGGCAGGAGGAUUGCUCCCGGUGGCUUCUCUUUCUAAGAGAAGCCAAUACCGGACGGGAGUUUACGCAUGAAUGCCAGGUCCUGUUCAGCGCAAUUGGACUGCUUGUCAAGCCUCGAGAGUGUGAUAUCCCUGGAAAGGAGUCCUUCAAGGGCCAUAUUUUCCAUUCUGCCAGGUGGAAUCACAGUGUCUCCCUGGAAGGGAAGAAUGUCAUCGUUAUUGGUAAUGGUUGUACGGCGACGCAGAUUGUCCCUGCGAUUGCAAACAAGACCAAGUCUCUCACACAGAUUGUUCGGUCAAAACACUGGAUAGUACCGUCUAUCAACUUCAAAUAUCCUCCAUAUGCACUCUGGAUACUGCGUAAUAUCCCAUUUGCAAUGCGACUGCUGCGGUUUCUCGUCUAUCUCGGGGCAGAGUCAGCGUUCUCAAUGUUUUAUAUGACUGAAAAGGGCAAAAGACUACGCCAGGGUAAGCGGACUAGAACAGAGAGGUUCAUGAGAAAGAGAGCCCCUGAGAAAUACCAUGAUAUACUCAUACCAGAUUUUGAAAUCGGCUGCAAGCGUCGCAUAUUCGACACUGGAUACCUUAAGGCACUUCAUAAUGAAAAUCUACUGCUGACGGAUGCGAAGAUCCUGAAAAUCGUCCCUGAUGGGCUGCAGACAGGUGACGGCUUCAUCCCUGCCGAUGUCAUUGUCCUGGCUACUGGGUUCGACACAAGCGAGUACCUGAACGGAAACAUUAAUAUACUUGGGCGUGGGGGUAAAUCCGUUGCAGAACACUGGGAUGAAUACGGCGGCCCUGAAGCAUACAAUAGCUCUGCCAUGCAUGGUUUUCCAAACUUUUUUAUGUUAUUGGGCCCGAAUACCGCAACAGGCCAUACAUCAGCUUUAAUGGCAGCAGAAAACUCUGUAAAUUACGCCCUCCGCAUUCUCAAGCCAGUUCUCAUGAACAACGCCACAUCAGUUGAGGUAAAGCAAGAGGCUGAGAGCGUCUACGUCAACAAAGUCCAAGCUGCCCUCCAGAAGACCGUUUUCCAUUCGGGCUGUCGAUCGUGGUAUGUGAAUGACAAGGGCUGGAAUGGCACAACGUACCCCUGGCCACAGUCUUACUUCUGGUACCGGAGCUUAUUCCCUUGCUGGUCGGAUUGGGAUAUUAAGGUAGGACCCUCAACCUGGUUAUAUUAA